AUGCAAACAAUCACGCCAUGCCAACCACCACCGACAUUGGAUAUCAGCACGUGGAAUAUUCCGAAGAAUAUUAACCUAGCUGACGAAGCAUUUUAUAAACCAGGCCUCGUGGAUCUUUUGCUUGGAGCCAGUAUAUUUUUCGACCUACUAAUGGUAGGCCAGAUAAAGUUACAUGAAAAGCUACCACGGUUGCAGAAAACAAAGCUUGGCUGGGUCGUGGCUGGAGCUGUCACUUGCCAGCCUCUGCUAUCUUCAGCUGCCUUGAUUUCACCCUACACUACUUCGAUUGGAACAGACUGUCUAUUAUCAACCACAUGGCCAACGCUAUCUUCGUUCGUGUCCUUGCAACAACAACAGUCAUCGCUUUCGUUAGAGCCAUCUCUUGACGAUAUCUUAGAAAAAUUUUGGAACAUAGAACAUCAACCGAAGCAAGAGAAAGGCCGCAGGAAGCCCCUGAAAUCCCCAGGCAGCUCGUACGACAUAGCGCUGAGUCGUUUAUUGUCCAUCGAAACCAAGCUACGCCGCAACAACAAUUUGAAAGCAGAUUACGAUGCUUUCAUGAAGGCGUACAUUGAGCUCCAGCAUAUGGUACUCAUAUCAGUUCCAAGCGGAACAGAAAAUUAUAUACCACACCAUCCCAUGUUAAAGUUAGACAGCAGCACGACUAUACUUCGUGUCGUGUUUGAUGCUUCGUGUCGCACCUCAACUGGCAAAUCGCUCAACGAUAUCCUUCGGGCACAAGUUACCACUGCGAAUUUUCUCGAUUGCAUGUUUUUGAGGUUUGGCGCGAAAAUUUCCGGUACGUAUUCCCAGAAAGUUGAAAAUGUGCUGGGUGCAAUAGCGAACGAUAUUGAAUAUGAGGGUUAUGAGCCAGAUCG